GCGUUAACAUGGAAGCAAUAUUUGGGUAUUCAUCUCUUUUGAACAUGUUGGGCUGCGCCAUUAUCCUCUUGAGUGUGCCUGACUUAAUCUGGAAGACUCCGCAGCCGCCUGGCUGUCCCGUUAACCUGGUCGUUUCGAUGUCAGUGAGCGCCAAUAUCACCGCCUUCUAUGGGACCUUCACCGGCUUACUCGGCCGGCUGUGUCCGGAGCAUGCCACGCCCACCGCACAGCGUAUCACGCGCUGGAUGUUCCGUCUCUUGGCCGUGUGGUGCGCCGUCCUCCUGCAGCGUACCAUGGCGUACCUGCUACGCCCUAUGGCGGUUCCGCAUAUCGCUAGUAUCACAGCGGCCAACGUCACCAAUUUCGGCCAGACAGCCGUGUCAGCCGACUCGGCCGGGACGAUAUUACCGUGCAGCUUCAUUCUUUCCAUGUACAUCACAGUACCCAUAAUUCUUCUAUGGGAAUGCACGCUCGUGGAGUUCUUCCCGCACCGACCUGGACUGGAUAUUGGCUGCGAAUUCUGCAGAAACUCCCCGGCACUCAUCCGCUUUGGCCACAUGGUGAAGAUCCAUUCGGUGGUGUGUGAAUUAUACGCUCUUGUGCACUUGUUGAUAUUGACUUAA